AUGCAUCUAGAAGAGAAAGCAAAUGAAGGAAAGGUAGAAUUGUUAGAAGUAGAUGAAAAAUCCUCAACAAAACCUACAAGCACUGUUUCUGAUAAAAAAGAUAAGAAAAAGAAGAAAGAAAAAGAAAAUUCUGAAAACGCUGCAACAAGAGAGAAGAAACAAUCAAUUGAAAAACAGAAAUCUUUCGUUAAGCAAAAGACGGAUGAAACAGAGAAAGUUAAAGACAAUAUUAAAAUACAGUCGUUGGAAGAGACAAAGAACGAAAAUGAAAGAACGAGAUCGAAUACUGAGGAAAUGCUUGAUUCAAAACAUUUGAAUAAAACAGAAAACACACACGAUGACAAAAAAGAGGACGAAGACACCAUAAAUCCACAAAAAAACGAUGAAACAGAAAAUAUGCAUCAAGACAAAGAAGAUAAAACAAUGAAAGACACAAUUAUACAAAUUUCUGAAGAAACAGCUUCAGAUAGAACCGAAUUGAAAGACAAAUUAAUAGAAGAUAUCGAUGCCGAAGAUCUAAAUGAAGAAGACUUAUAG